ACUAAGAGAGUCAUAAGAAAGAAAUUGAGAGAAAAAAAAAAAUGGCUUCCAAGGCUUUGAUACUGUUGGGUCUCUUUGCAAUUCUUCUCGUCGUCUCCGAAGUGUCUGCCGCAAGAGAGUCCGGCAUGGUGAAGCCAGAGAGUGAGGAAACAGUGAAACCUGAAGGUUAUGGACACGGCGGUCACGGAGGUGGAGGACACUAUGGAGGAGGAGGUGGAGGACACUACGGUGGAGGAGGAGGAGGAGGCCACUACGGUGGAGGUGGAGGAGGAGGCCACUACGGUGGAGGAGGAGGCCACGGACAUGGAGGAGGAGGACACGGUCUUGAGGGAUACAACGGAGGACAUGGUGGUCACGGAGGAGGAUACAACGGAGGAGGAGGUCAUGGAGGUCACGGAGGAGGAUACAACGGAGGAGGACACCACGGUGGAGGAGGUCACGGGCUUAACGAACCUGUUCAGACUCAGCCCGGUGUUUAAAACUAAUAUCAUGUAUUCACCACCAUGCAUGGUUGCACUUAAUAUAUACAUGUAUGUGUACUCUUAGUUAUGCUUAUGUGUGUGUAUGACUAUAAAUAAACCAUGGUGAGUUUGUAAUGCAGUCCCUUCAGAAAUGUUUUUGCAAUAAAGUUUCAUGAAUAUCAGCAUAAUUUCACUA